AAUUUCAAUGGAAGGCUCUCAUCUCAAUUUCCGAUCUCAAGCUCAGGACGGACUGACAAUGGACGCCGAUGCCCGAUCCCUUCCGGAAGACAUAAUCAGAAACAUUCUCAGUCGAAUUCCGGUGAGAUCCCUGCUCCGAUUCCAGUGUGUGAGCAGACAGUGGAGAGCUCUGAUCAAGACGCCGUCUUUCGUCGCGGAACACCUCCGCCGUCAAUCCCCGUGUCUUCUUUUCACAUGGGAACAAGAUCGAGCUCUGAAUUUACGUUUACUCGAUUUUGAAAAUAUGCAGCUUCGACCAGUGCAGGGGCCACAUUUGGUCUCCGGGCUCGAUUAUGGUGGUAUCAUGGGUUCCACCAACGGCUUGCCCUGUUUUCGAAUCUCCAGGGACACUUUUUAUGUGUGGAAUCCAGCGAUCGGGGAGCUCCGGAUGACGCCGGAAGUUAUUGAGCCUGAUAAUGGUUACCCUAAUGUUGGAUUUGGAUUCAGUCCCGUUAUUAAUGAUUACAAGAUAGUGGUCAUUUGGGAAUCCAAAUUUCCUUUUUUUGUGCAAGUGUAUUCACUAACCUCAGGCUCGUGGAAAGAAGUCGAAUGUGAGAUUAUAAAGGGCAUUAGCCUUUUGAGGUUUAUAAGCCCAGGUGUGACCACAAAUGGAACUAUUUUCUGGCUUGCGAUGAAUGAUGAUGGCGAUGUGAUAGUUUCAUUUGACGUAGCAUUGGAAUUGUUCACAUUCAUCCCAGUGCCUGUCGUUGAAGAAGACUCUCGGUGUUCUAGGCUUGUGGUUUACGAGAACAAACUUGCUUUGUUUAUUAAACGUUUGUUGUCGGAAAACUUAGAAUAUACUGACUUCUGGGUGAUGGAGGAGAGGGAUGUUGUAGCAAGCUCAUCAUCAUAUGGUGAGAGAUGGAGUUGGACUAAGAAAUUUAACACCACCCUUCCUCGCAACAUGUCUCCUUUGAUGAUUUGGAAGAAUGAAAUCGUGUGCAGAGUGGAUAAUAAACAUGUUGCAGAAUGGUCGAGAUGGAAGGAAGAGAAAUCGAGAAUUUAUCUCUUCAACCUCAAGACUGGUGAGUCUGAUAAUAUGCUUGUUAUACAUGAGUCUUACAUGUGUAUUGAUUAUGUGGAAAGCCUUGUGCCAGUUGGGGGAAAUAAGUUGUCUGUGAUAUUUAUGUAGUGAUGCCAAUGCACGAAAUUUUAAAAAAAAGUCAAAUCUUCACCAAAAGGAAACACUUCACCAAAGGAAACUCUUCAACCAAGAAAAUUAAGAUCUCAUUAAUUGAGCAUCUUCCUCAUAGAAGGAAAUACUCCAAAAUCUCUUACGAAGAAAAAAUUUAGCUACGGAACAAAACAAUCGGCUAUGGAUCGGAAUACCUUGGAUCGGAAUAGUCUUAAUGGCACUGGUGGAAAUAUACAACGAGAUAACCAGGUCGUGGGCAGAAAUAUACAACACGACGUAGAGAGGAAACUUUACCGAAAGCAUCAAGAUUAACCAUAGGGAUGUUAAAAUUUGGAAGUUAAUCUGGGACUCACACAAUGGGAUAAGAGCAUUGAUGCAGAUAUGAAGCAAAAAGCUACAGUUCAUUGUCGGUGUUCUCAGAUUUCACCUCAAAUUUGGUGAAGCAACAUAUGGCACGAAUUUGCUCAAAAUCCCAGAAUCCUUGUUCUUCUCAGAAGAUAUGGAGAUAACUGCGUAUGGCUCCAGUGGCAAAGAACAAUGUCUAAUUGACAGUGCCACAACGCACACCAUUUUUAGAAAUAAAGAAUAUUUUUCUCAAAUGACAUUGAUGGAAACUAAUGUCAAUACAAUCUCUGGUGUUGCAAAGCUCAUUGAAGGGUCUGGAAUGGCUUGUUUA